AUGCGGGCCACAAGCAUCGGAGCUGUGAAACGCGAUAACAGUACUCCGGACAUACCCCUGAAUCCCAAUGUUGCCCGUGACCAUGACCAUGAAAUUCUUCGUGUGCUUUGCUCUCAUCGCUGUCCAGCCGCAACGCUGCCGCCAGGAGGCGAGGCCGAGGCCGCUGCCGGCCAGGGUUAUGGUGAUCUGACCAGUCUGCACAAGUCCGCCUAUGGCGGCAGCUCCGGCGGCUAUGGCGCCUCCAGCGUGCCAGCUCCUCCCUGCCCCAAGAACUACCUGUUCAGCUGCCAGCCCAACCUGGCUCCAGUUCCUUGCAGCGCUCCAGCUCCCAGCUACGGAUCCGCCGGCGCCUACCUCUCGCCAGUGGCCGCCUACGCUGCCCCCAACUAUGGCGUGCCACAGCAGCAGCAGCUCUAUGGCGCCUACAUGCCCCAGGCCUACGGAUUCCAAUACUAGAAGAUCCUCGAUCGACCCAAGAACUUGAAUUUGACACGGCCGCCGAGAAACAAAAAUCUUUGCUAAUCUAAAAGAAAAUGUUCAAAAAAAUAUCUAGUGCAAUUAAAAUUGACUAAUAUACAUCCAAAAAAUAUGA